AGAUCGAUUUUAGAAAAAAAAUACAGCACGGGGAUACAUUUCUGUGUUGCGCAGGAAGCGGCACGGAACUAAUUUGAUGCAGUGCAAGCUCCCCUUCCGGCCUCUUUUCCCAUACCCACCGGACGAAAAUGGUAAGUUUCGAUGCUGCUGCUAACAAAUCCAGUAACAUCUGUGUAAUCUGAUGUUAAUCUGACCUUUUAUUGUAAGGAUUCGUUGUCGGGUCAGUGUUGUUACCGUGUGGGUUAAACAUUUUCGAUUAGUAGCGUCAAAUCAGAAAGAUAAACUUGUUUUCGUUCCAUCCGUCAGGCGUUAGUUUGCUACUGUUAGCAUUGAUGGUUCAGGUGCUGAAUGGACACCAAGUUUACAGAGAAAAGGCCAGAGUCUUGUCAGUGAUGUUUUAAAACACAAUUGUCUGAACAAAUGACUUUCUGUGAUUCAUCUUUUUGUGCUGAGACAAGACCUGUGAGGUGAAUUCAUGUGUAUUAAAGCAUGAGGGGUUUGUUUUCUGACCCGUCUCUGCUCUGGUUCCUCUCAGACGAAGGGAACAUCAUCUUUCGGAAAGCGCCGGAAUAAGACGCACACUCUGUGCCGUCGCUGCGGCUCCAAGGCCUACCACCUGCAGAAGUCCUCCUGCGGAAAGUGUGGUUAUCCCGAGAAGCGCAAGAGAAAGUGUAAGUGAUCAAAUGUAUAGAAUAUUGUUCUGUGGGAUCUGAGCUGGAAGAUGGACACGGAAGCAAAACAGUGGUGGUCUUAGCACCUGGUCUGAUAGUCUCAGUUCAGGUGAACACCAACCCAAGGUGGCUGCAAGUUUUGAUAGUGCUUUUAAUCAAUUUAGUGAGAGUUGGAUCAAUUGGAUGAAGUGUGAUUAAUAAGUUUAAUUUUCGGUGGAUUUAAUCUAUUUGAGAAAAUACAGGAGUUAGUGCUUAGUUUAAGGGAUAUUCCAUCACAAAAUUAAUUUAGGGUCAAACACCUCGUACCACUGAGUUAGACACCCCCUCGAGAGACAAAUGUUGCCGACCUCUUACUUCUUGAGUUAUACCAACUUUAGUAACAACCACAGGAUAGCAAUACACGGUGGUCUGAGGAGCCACACACAAACCUCAACCAAAAAGCCACUCUAGAGCCACAAAUAAUGCUCAGAACAGCACCUAACUUCAUUAACAGUACAUUUAGGGUCCCAGCUACAGCACUAGCCACCAAACAUCUUUUUAGCUUUGCCUAAUUUCUUUAGCAAAGAGACUAAACACAACUUACCCACUCUCUUCCAGCAACCGCUUGUUUGGAACGAGACCUCAGGUCAGUCAAUUACGGACUACAGUGGGGUGACGCAGCUCAAGAAAGAACAUUUAUGAUUAUUUCUUCAUGGAAGUGCAAUCAGACUGAGACUCUAAGGCAGAAGAACUACCGCGUCUGUAGUGCAAAAUGAUUAAUAUGGUGAUUGUUACUUAAAGGAAAUGAUCAUAAAUGUUCUUCCUUGAGCUGCGUCACCCCGCAGCAGUCCACAAUGGACUGACCCUAGGUCUCGCUACAAACAAGCGGCUGCUGGAAGAGAGUGGGGGAGUUGUGUAAAGUCUCUUUGCUAAAGAAACUCAGCAAAGCUAAAAGGAUGUUUGGCGUCUAGUACUAUGGCCGGGACCCUAUAUGUACUGUUGAUGAAGUUAGGUGCUGUUCUGAGCAUUAUUUGUGGCCAUAGAGUGGCAUUUUGGUUGAGGUUUGUGUAUGGCUCCUCAGACUGCUGUGUAUUGCUAACGUGCAGUCGUUAAUAAAGUUGGUAUAACUAGAGAAGCAAGUGGUCGGCAACAUUCAUCUCUCGAUGCAGUGUCUAACUCGGUUUAGUGUGUUUUGACCCUAAAUUAAAUUUAUGCCGGAAAAUCCCUUUUAAAGUGUGGCUGCAUUAUACAAGGGUUUAACAUAGUGCUAGUAUUUUUGACAUUAGGUUUUGGGACUAACUAACUGGGACUUGAGACACCUAAUGACUAAAAUCUGUUUUCAAAUUAAUGAUCAAGACCUGAUAAUGAUAAAAUAAUUUGAUAUGAAAAGUAACUAGUUGACGGUUUUACAUUUUGGGUUAAUUCAGCACCAGUUGGUUCAUACUGUAGAAAAAUAUUUUCUUACGUGAAAUAUCAGUCACACACCUGACUUUAUGAAUGGUUAAGCUUAGAUUGUUAAACCUAAUGUUUGUGUCUAUAGACAACUGGAGCGCCAAGGCCAAGAGGAGGAACACCACUGGCACAGGCCGUCUGAGACACCUGAAGGUCGUGUACCGCAGAUUCAGGUAAAAGCCAUUGGUUUGAUAUACAUACAAAGAAGAACAGAGUUUGCAUUUAUUGUAUUCUUUUCAGUCUAUGUGUCUGCUCAGUGUUUCUACGUUUACUGCUGCAUAGGUGAAAGGUGUUUUCCAUCUUGAUUAUUUUUAUAAAAAAGAGAAGGAUUCAUCAGCUUGAAUUUGGCAGCAUUUCCUCUUUAGGUUCUCAAUGCAAAACUCCUUUCAAUGCUCAAAUGCAACCUUUUAAUGGUAUGUUUAAACUGAUAGGUGGUUACAUUGAUUUCAGAGCUAUAAAGUAAGAGUUCAAAUAUACAAUCAUCCGAAUGUUGCUGUAUUUACAGGAAAUGAACAGACAAUUUUGGACAAAUAUUUACGUAUAUUGCAGAAUAGCUGUAAUCACCAAAUUGCUGUACAGAAUAUACUCAACAAAACCUCAUUUUCACUUGGAAACAAAUACUUUGCUGCUAAGUAAAUAUCUGCGGUAAAGUGGGCUUUCUGUAAUGCACAUGAUCCCCCAGCUGAAGAAAUGCUGGUUUCUUGCUGGCUUAUGUUACAGUUCAAGUUCAGGAGUUCACAUGCUUGGCUUUGACUCCAGCGUUGGCAGGAAGUUUGGUGGACUUAAUUGUUAGCAGGUCUCUUGUUAUGCUCUGCUACUACAUGAAAGAAAAGACGUGGAAUGGAAUACCUUUGUGCUUAAAAGAAAUGAAGCACAAAGGUUCGCAAAAAGCGCCCUCAUUUCCCAUGAGACGUAUCUCUGCUGCUUAUCUGUGAUGGUGAAAAAUAAUUGUCUGAACAAAUGAAUUCAGCAUGAUAUCAGUGUUUUCUCUGAGGUAAGCAGCAGUAGGAGAUAAGAGGAUCAGUGGCAGUAAAAUGAGCUGUGAGGGUGCAUGUUGACCCCACAGUGGCACCUUAAAGUGAUAACAGGUUUCCAAAUUCUUAUUAAUCUCUUAGCAACUAAAUUAAUUUGUCAGAUUCUAAUUAUUGUUCCAGAAAAAUAACUGUAGUUGUAAGAUUUGGUUGGAAUAAGGUGUUCCUGUAUUCUUUCGUCUAUGCUGGUUCCAGGAUCUUGGUCUCUGUAAUUAACUGGGACACUUGAGUGGAACUGUGCCAUCAUUGUUUUAUGUUACUCAGAGUUGAGACACUGUAUAAAAAUUAGAUUUUGUGAUGCAUUUAUCUCUGGGUGUGGUUUUUGCUUACAUCAAUCUUUAUUUUGUUUUUCUGUAGGAAUGGUUUCCGGGAAGGUACCACCCCCAAACCCAGACGUGCUGCAGUGGCCGCCUCCAGCUCAUCUUAAAAGACACAUUUUUGGUUAAAUAAAUGUGAUGUUGAACAGAAAAAAACAAUUGUCCGUCUCUUUGUCAAAGCUUUAAUGUUUCACUGGUGAAAGGAAAAGGUCAUGUUUGAUCAUGAUUAAAGUGAUAUGGUGAUAAUAAUUAACUAUAUCUACAUAAAUUAGCCUGAAAUUUCUUGGCAAAGUACAAACAUGAAACCAAGCAUGAAUCUGGAAACUCCUGCUGCCAAAAUGUUUGGUAAGAUAGGUGGAGUGACAUCAGUUUAACUAUUUGAUAUUUGGCCUUUCUUUUUACAUCAUGCACACACAGUGUUUAUUUGAUGUCUGGUUUGUGAACUGGUUUAUCUUUGUACGUCCACAACACACUGUCUAGAGUUGUUUUUUUUUUUUU